AUGAUCAGGGACGAGGGAAGUAGUGAUAUAGAGAGGGGCAAGGGAAGUGGCGAUAUAGAGAGGGGCGAGGGAAGUGGCGAUAUAGAUAGAGGCCAGGAAAGUGGUGAUAUAGCGAGAGGCGAGGGAAGUGGUGAUAUAGAAAGGGGCGAUGGAAGUGGUGAUAUAGAGAAAGGCGAGGGAAGUGGUGAUAUAGAGAGAGGCGAGGGAAGUGGUGAUAUAGAGAGAGGCGAGGGAAGUGGUGAUAUAGAGAGGGGCGAGGGAAGUGGUGAUAUAGAGAGAGGCGAGGGAAGUGGUGAUAUAGAGAGAGGCGAGGGAAGUUGUGAUAUAGAGAGAGGCGAGGGAAGUGGUGAUAUAGAGAGAGGCGAGGGAAGUGGCGAUGUAGAGAAAGGCGAGGGAAGUUGUGAUAUAGAGAGGGGAAAGGGUGAAGAAUGUCAGAGGAAGAGAUAUGUGGUUAUUCGGGUGGCAUGA